UUUUAUUACUAAGCAACAGAGACCAGCGCAUACCGGCGAAUUGGUAAAAACGGUAGUAAUUUGUACCAUCGACUUUAACCACAUUCAGAGAACAAAUGCCAAAUAAGCAUUCGCUUAGACUCUGCAUUCCACUGUCGUUGUAGUUACACUGUGAGAAGUUAUUUUCUGUAUGAAACAGGAUCAAAUCGAGCAGGUUGCUCUGUCAUGAAUAAAUUUAAAGAUCCCCCGUUAGCUGCGACAGAAUUGCACGCGAACAAUCUCCAAAAUCACGACUCUCACUGUGGAACCGAUGUGGCCCGUGCACGCUGGGCUCUUCUGCGACAGGUUCUGAAACAGAAGCAGCUCGACAGCUCAGAUGUUCAGCAGGUGUCAGUGCGAAGAUUCUCCUCCUUCAACCUGUUCUCCAGGAGCAGGGUCACUCCUUCAGAGACGGAUGAGCCAUCAGACGGGCAGUGGGUGGAGUACAGAAGUGCAAUCUUUCCCCAGUACAGUGCCUUUCUCAGAGACAAUCUUGGUCCUAUUAGAGUGGAUGAGGUGCUCAGCAGCUUUGACAACACAGGAAAUGUCUGUGUCUGGCCUUCUGAAGAGGUGAUGGCCUACUAUUGCCUGAAGAAACGUCACAUGUUUACGGGCUCCGCGGUGUGCGAGCUGGGUGGAGGGAUGACGUGUCUGGCGGGGCUCAUGAUUGCGGUUUGUGCUGAUGUGAAGGAAGUGCUGCUAUCUGAUGGGAACGAGAAGGCAAUUCAAAAUGUGCGCAGUGUGAUCGAGAGGAACAGACGAGAGGGGCUCUUCCUGUCUACCGAUGUGUCCAGCAGGGUGGUGAGAUGGGACAAUGAGGCCGACGUGUCCGCUCUGGAGGGCCGCUUUGACGUGGUGAUGUGCGCUGACUGUCUGUUUCUUGACCAGUACAGAAGCAGUCUGGUUGAUGCACUAAGAAGAUUACUGCGACCUGAUGGCACAGCUCUAGUAUUUGCCCCUACCAGAGGAGAUACACUGGCAGAAUUCUGCAGACUGGCAGAAAGCACAGGCCUGAGAGUGUGUCGCUAUGACAACUACGACUCACACUUGUGGGACCUUCACCUGAAGAUGCAGAGAGAGGGAAAGGAGGUGUACGAUGAAAACAUCCACUAUCCUCUUCUCCUCACUCUCACUCACGGAUCCAGUCCAGCCCUGAUCUGAUCUGAGCUGGGCAAAGCCAUCUCAUGCCAGGCUGCCUUUCUGUACCGCCCACCCCGGCUUUGCCACUGUGUCCUCAGCUCCUCCUGUGUGUGUGUGCCAGGCCUAAGCAGCCUCUUAUCACACUCCUCAACUCUGAUAACUUUUUAACUACCGUGUGUGUGUGUGUGUGUGUGUGUGUGCAGUGAAAACAGAUGAUGUAGGUGAGUUGCCGUGUGUGCGUGUACUUGACCUGUUUACUGUGCAACAGCAGUGUGAAAUGCAUUAAAUGGGAAUGGAGAACACAUCCCUCCCUCUCAUCCUACAAACACUGCGGAUGUGACGCUCAGAUAUGAACUCAUUCAGCGCCUGUGAUAUCAGAGAUGGUGAUUCAGGGCAGAACGUUAUGAAUUUCUGAAUUUGACUCUGGAGGCUGAUACAACUAAUCAGGUUCGCAGGACUAUCUUCGCCUCUCUACGAAGACGUAAUGUAAAUGAGGCAGUAGGGUCGUCUUGAUCAUGAGAUCUUGUUAUCAUAAUGACACCAGCUCUCGGUUAGCUGCUGAUUCUGUAUCUACAUUCAAAGGUUCAUUCUGACACCAAAGGUUAUGAGGGGUUGAGAUGGAUGCUGCUGCACUGAAUGUUAUUUGCUUCACUGUGAAAUGCUCUCACCUAGCAUUUUUUUUUAUCGAAGAACUGACAAGAUAUGACAGAUUAGGCCAGACUAAGACUCAAUUGAUGUCUUGACAGCGUCACACUACCACUGGUUAAGACCUGCGGCACUGUUCUCCACUGUAUGUUUAGAGCGCACUCACUGUGCAUGCUGGACUAAUGGCCUCAUAAAGACAUGAAAAGGUGUCAUCAUUUAUCAUGUCUUGAAACCCAUUUCAUUUUCUUUUAACCUUAGAAUGUAAAAAUUGUUAUUUGUAGCAGAAUGUCCAUAUUGCUCAUUUCUAUACAAUGAAAGUGAAUAGUGAACAUAACUAUCAAGCAACAUUUUCAGAGAAUAACAACUUAAAUGGAACCCUGGGUAUUAAGACUUCUAUGGCUUAAUGACAUAAAUGAUGACUCAUACUGAAAUAUGUAGUAGAAAACCCAUAAAAGAUUUACACUAUUUAAAAAAUCCACAUCGUUUUAUACAUCGUUUUUGGGGGGUGCCGUUAUUUUGAUGACAUGAAAUGGUUGCACUCAGUGAGCUACUGGCGCUACCUGUUGCUAUUUUUACCACAACACAACUUCAAAUACACAACUACAAUAUAUGGUGUACAAAAAUACACCAUAGGCUUAAACCAAAUGUGCCACUGAUUUUUCUAAACGCCCUUGGGUUUCGAGUGAAGUCCACGCUGAGAAACUCCUUCUUUGGCUGCGCCGUCAUGACAAGUGUCGGCAUGUUUACAUCCAGCCAAGAUGGCAUCUAGUGUUUCUUGUCCCUGUCCCUUUGUUUGUAAGAUCUUUUAGUAGCUGUGGUCUACUAAAAGUCUCAAAGGCAUCAGGGCUAAAGUGGAGAGAACAAAAACACGGGUCUUCAAGAAGUUUUAUUUGUCCACAGGCAUCUUCCCUGAAUUUCUUAAAUACCAUAAAUCUUUCAUGGGUUUUCUAUGACAUAUUUUAGUAAGAGACUUUCAUGUUAUAUUAAGCCAUGCAAACCGUAGUACCAAGGUUUCCCUUUAAAUUUCAGUCUUUUCUACACACAAGAGGUUCAGGGACUUAAAGCUGGGUUGACUACUUUUAUGGUGUUUUUAUGGUGCUUUUUUGUCCUUUUUUGGAACUUGGCAGCCUCUGGUCAUCAUCUACUUGCAUUGUAUGGAAAAGAGCAGCAUGGACAUUAUGCUAAAUUUCCUCUUUUUAUAUUCCAUAGAAGAAAGAAAAUAUGUGUUUGGAAAUGACAUGAGGGUGAGUAAAUGAUGACUAUUUUCAAGUUUAAAUUUAAUUAAUAGAUAAUAGAUACAUCUUGCAAUUCUGACUUUUUUCCUUUAAAAUCUGAAUUUGCAUCUUUGUUAUCUUUUUUUUUUUUUUUUUUUUUU